CAAUGGUGCUUUUAUGUUACCAAAAAGAUUUAAUCUCUUAUAGAAAUAGAUUGCAUCAUUUCUAUUCUGUUGUGUUGUUUUCCUAAUGCAUUCUUGUGUUUUAUAGUAGCAGCUCUUUUGAGUGGGUGUCAGAUUUCAUAUGGUCACUGUUGCAUGGCAACCUUUAAAAACUCAAGCUGUCACUAACAGCACUGAAGUCUCUUCAUUCACUAUUCAAUGGAAAAGCAAAUGUACCAUUAUGCAGAAAAAAGUCUGCCUCGAAAAAAGAAGGUUUGGGAGUCUUUCCAUUCGAACACCUUCAGGAUCUUUGAUGAGACGUUGCCAGAGCGUCUCGAUCCGGUCCGUGUCGAUCAGAACCAUAAAUAUCCUGCAAGAGACCCACGAGAGUCUGAGACCCGCAACGUCCCACAUCCUCACAACGCCAGAUUCAUCAGAACUAAUGUCAGAUUCCUUAAUGAGCCCAUCGCUCAUAUGGAGACGAGACGUACUGAGACAGAACAGUUUAACUGGUGGUCAAACAGCCCUAAAGAAGAUCUUCCCGUGAAAGCACCUUACAGUAAAGCCAGCACUCAGAGAAGUGAUUUCCAGGCGAUGAGAGGCGCUCCAGUCAGAGAACGAGAGACCAUCAGACCCGCAGCCACUGGAAUCGUUCCUGCUCUAAGUUCCCUUGAGCAGUCAGAAAAACUCCAAGAUUUUCAUAAACCUGAAUGAUUGUUGAAGAUUACACGAUCAGCCCUACAUAGGAGGGCGUCACAGAGGGUUGGUGUGGAGAGACGGGGAGGCGACGGGGCCCGACACAUUCCAGAGCACAGAGGGGUUGCGUUUGCCCUCAGCAGGGACGGCAGACCUGUUGAACUGCUCUCAGCUGGCCUCGCUUUCAGCUCAACAGAUGUGGGAGAGAAAAGAGGUCCGUCCCACCAGAGAGACCCCAGAGAUCAGCGUUCCCAGAGACGGAGGGGAAUCCCUUUCGUUCGGGUGGGACAGCAAACUGAACUCAUAAGAACAUGUCCAGAUCAUAUUUCACCUCAAAACCAAAAGGAAAAAAUUUGAUUUUGUAUAACGAAAGAAGAUUAU